AUGUCCCGAAUUCAGCCUGACGCGCCUAACCCCUUCCACGGCCGUUUCAACCAUGCUCUACGGAACAUUCCAGGCACCAUGCAACUGCAAAUCCCGUUGGUAACGGGGCCAAGCUUCCCCUGCUACUUCCUCGACUACGUGUGCGACAAUCAAAUCUGCACUGGCCGCUAUACCCAGACGGAACAGAUGUUACCGUUUGAGCCCACAGGGAACCAAGCGGCUCCCGAAGUCCUGGUCGAGGAUUCUCUCGGUUCAGCAACGGAGGAGACGCUACGUAUGAUCGACGACCAGUUACAUGAGACCUUGCUCGAAGCAUUCAGUCACCGGGUGGACCCUAUUGUCCGAGUACUGCACUGGCCGUCAUUCCAGGAGAAGUGCAGCAUUUUCAGGCGAAGAAGACAAUCACAGAUGCAGAUGCCGGUAGGUGCUGCAUAUACAGGUGCAUACGUCCAAGAUCCCCAUUACUCCGCACAGCAAACUUCACCAUUUACGGGCUCUGCUAUCCCGACCAUUCAAGGACCAACCCUGGGUGGCGACAAGCAGUCAAGUGCGACUUUUGAUCGAGCAUUCGCCACCUUACUUUGCACUGUAUACUAUGCUUCCAUCAUUUCGAUAAUACACGGACCAAACCCUUCAGAUCUUGCCCAGAGUAUCAAUGCAGUUGGUUUAUGGUCAUCACUCAGAAGGGAGAUGACGUCGAGGCUAAACAUUAUGGACGAAAGCUUUGUACAGGCGGCCUCGAUGGAACUACUACAAGCUAUGGUACUUUACCUAUCUGUCGAACUCGGUACUGUAAACCCUCAACGGCAAUGGCUACAGCUUGGCACAACGAUACAUAUGGCUCAGUCUUUGGGUGUUCAUCGGGAUCCUUCUACAUUCGGUCUCGGCCCUAUAGAGAUCGAGACACGUCGUAGACUAUGGGCUCAGAUUUGUAUCUUGGACUCGCGACUAGCUGAACAACUCUGCCGCGAACCCGCAAUCAAUCCGGACACCUUCGACAUAUCUCUUCCGCUAAGCAUUGCUGACCAGAAUCUGACCGAGCUUGAUAUACAUAGCAGGUCGGCUCACCAAGACUCCGACAUGGACCUUGCGAGGUUUCAGGAGGUGGAGGACUCUCAAGAGCACGCGGUUCCAUUCUCGCCUAUGGCUCUACUAAUUGUAGAGGCGGAAACAGCGCGUCAACAACAGCAACUCCUGUGUCUCCGGUAUAAUCCCCGGGAUCGUCCACUCCGAACGAGCUCUACGUCACCAAUAGCAAAGCGAGCCAUUCCCUUCUCAGGCAGGACAGACAGAAUGCAAUGGGCCAACGAACUACAGGCGAGGUUCUCGGCACGAUAUAACUGGGAUCAUUACGAUAACUCAGACCCACUACAGUACCUGGUGGUGGAGAUCUGUCAAAUUAAUCUGCUGAAGAUCAAGCUCAUGGGCAGUAUGACCCAACGGAAAGAAAUUUCUGCCACAAGCCAGUACGCGCAUUCGGAAAUCCUCAGCACCUUCCACGACGCUUUGCAUCUGGCAUCACGCUGUGCCGGUCUAAUGCAUCAAUACUCAAACUCUCCCUAUAACUGGUAUACCCGGCGAGUCCGCGACGUGUAUUCCUGUUCGUUUCUGGCGGUAGCUCUCUCCUCCGACCAGCAGCUUAGCGUAGAGGACACGAGCACGGCCUGGUCCGUUCUAGACCAGCUUUUCCCUGCGGACGCCGCUCAACGACCUAUGGAGCCUGGUAUGCGCGAGACACUACUUGAGAAAAUAGUCACGAAGGCUCGCAUGAAGAAGGAGCUACGACUUCAUAUACCAGUUGGUACUCACCUGGGAGAGCAUGCCAUGCAAGCGUCAGCUGAAGGAUAUCCGGCGCAUAUUGCCCCACAUCCUUCAGCCACGUCCCCUGCCAACUUUGGGCAAAGAUCUGCUUUCCAAACAACUGGUAAUAUCUUUGAAGACUGGGAUGCUCUUGUACAGGAGCAAAUAUGGCCUGGAAGCCUACCUGGUGACAACAACUAUUGGGUAUGA